UGGCUCAUGCAGACAUAAAAGACCAACAACGAAUCCACUGAAUCGCCAAACAUUCUCACUCAACUCUGAUCAUCAUGCCAGCUCAAAUUCUUCUCUGCGGGCAGUCGAGGAGCGGCAGUAGGUGCAACCCACACGGUUCGCCUUUCGUCAGGAGCGUUGCUGACAAACAUUGGCGGGCCACCUGCUGGAACGCAUGCUCUCCCACCAAACCACAGUGCAAUUCGUCGACCAUCUUUUCUCCUCUGGCCGAUGGACCCAAUUGCAAUGGCUGCAAAGCGAACACCUCGAAGACGGCAUGGCGCCGGAUGCUCGCGCCUUCUACGACGGGGAGAACCAAAAGGGCGUGGAGCAGUGGAAGGGCGCGCUCCAAGAAGCACAGCACAAGGACCAAAUCCUCAUGCUCCAUUUCCAUCCCUUCUUUCCGGUGCCAGCUGAAACAAUCCUCCGUUACAUCAACUACGCCAACCACAAAACCGCGCCCCCCAGUCCAGAGAACUUCUCCAUGGUCCCAGACGAUCUUCUCCUGACCCCCGGCACCGUUCCGAUCCUGAACAUCCGCCACCCCAAACUCGUCGUCCCUUCUACUUGGCGUACGUUGAACAAAAUGGGGCUCCCACACGGCGCAGGCCGCCCGAACUUCCUGAUCGUCACGUCCCAUAUCUGGAGUCGAGCGUUGUACGACUACUUCCUCUCCAAGGGCAUUGAACCUCUCGUCGUAGACGCAGACGACUUCAUGACGAGCGAGGAAUUUGUACGGCAUCUAUGCUCAAAGGCCGGACUCGAUCCCGAUCAAGCUUACUUUUCGUGGCCUACGGACGGCGACAAGGACAAGCACCACCCGAUGUAUUACGCUUCACAAAGCACGCUUCUCAACUCGGCGGGCCCGAAUGCUGCUCUUGCUGCGAAAAAUAAAGACCUGGCGAAAGAAGAAGCCGAGUGGGCAACGGAGUUUGGUGACGAUCUGCCUCUUGUCAGGGAGAUGGUUGAGCUGGCGAUGCCGCAUUAUGAGUACCUCCACGAACGACGACUCAGAUUGUAGCCUAGGGAGAUACAAAAGCAAAGCCGUGAAGACGGCCAAGUGCCAAAUGGCCGAAGUGCACCCUACGUACAUCGAAUGCGCAUAUAGUGUUCUGGGAGGCACCGAUCGCUCUACAAACACCCAAGCUCUACACUCCACGAU